GUCUAGUGGGUCUAGAUGACCCAACUCCCAAUGUUAAGUGCCUAGGAUAGCACAAGGGUUACCAACAUACCUGUUAUUAAAAUAUACUUCUGUCUAAAAUCUUGCCCACCAGCCUCCCCAUAAUGUGGUUUGCACACAGAAAUGUCUCCAGGUGAACAAGCGUACAGUGAUUUUGCCUUGCUGACUCAAGCUUUCUUAAUAGAUCUGAGUUUGAGGGGAUCUUUAUAGCUAAUCCUGGGAAAUCUCAAAGUAGGCAUAAGGGUUCUCAUUUGCUUCAGGCAUAGCACUUUAAAAAUGUCAACACCAUGCUGGGUUACAGCUUUGGGUGCACUAAAAUGAAUGUGCAGCUAUCCGAGGGUUGUAACCAUUGAGAAGAUUUAUGUUUUCAUUUGAGACAAUGCUUGUCCUUCUAUAACAUUUUUUUAAAAGCCAAUUUCCAAACCCUAUAAAUAUCUGAGCAGUGAUCAAACCUGACUAUACCAGAGGUCAAAAUUUCCCAGCAAGCCACCGAAAUAAAAAAAAACAUUUAUAUUCUCGCAAGGUCAGUAUCAGGAUCAGAUACAUUGUUUGCUGCACCUAGAGGUAGAGUGUGAGAGGAUAAGGUCUUUUUUCCUAGAGUGUGUUGUUCAAAUUCAGGGGUAUGUUGGGUCUGAUGGAGCCAGUGAGCUUCUUUGUAUUGUAUUUGUGGUCUAUUUUUUACAUCUUACCUGUAACAUAAGUAUUUUCUUAAAUUAGGUAGAGCAUGAAUACCACAAAGGCUGUCCCCUUCACACUGUGCACUUAUUCUGAAGUGUACUAAAGCGAUUAGUCUUAGUAAUACCUUCUGAAAAAUGAGAAGUUCUAGGUUGUAUCUAGAAGGAAUUCUAAAAUCCUACAAACUCCUUGAUCCAGCAGUGCACCAUGCUAGUAGACAAUUUAGUGUAUGUUAUUAAAAAUACAUCAGAAGACUGGCUAAAUCAUCAGAAGUUUGUUGAACAUUUACACACCGAUAUGCCAUUAAUGCUAAGAAAACACAGACUGCUAACCCUUAGCUGCUAACUACAAUGAAAACAUUUUGGUUCUGAAACCACAAUAAACCAGAAAGGUUUUUAGCUGUGGUACCACUACAGCUUGUUCCAAACAUGUUCUUAGCUAAAGCAGCUGGAAUCCCUAGCUCUUAUUUCAGUGCAGUCAAAUCAUCAUACGUGCAUCAUGUACUCUUAGCUGGGCUUUUUGCCACCAUUAGCUCAGUAAGAUAGUCAAAGAGUGCUAUGUUCUUUCUUGUUAUUCAACAUAGGCCUCUCUUCAUAACUCAUUGAGUCACCAACAGAUCCAAUCACUUUUAGAAAUUUAAAUCAAUUCUGAGAACUAAUUAUUAACCACUGAUUUUCUGUGUUCCCAGCAUGGCUUAUUCAUUAUGAAAAAGGCAAUUAAGAAUAACAGGGCAGUAUCCACUUUCUUUGUCUGCAACUCACACUCAAGCAAAAACACACUCAGAUUCUUCUGUAUCAGUUUUUGAGGACAAACAAUGAAUCUUUCAGACUCAACACACAAGGAAUUAAACAUGGACUCUUCUGGAGGUCUUUCCUGCCAAGUAUUGAUUCACAGCAAACAAUCCCCAUUUGAAAUUUUAAACAAAUUUAAAUUAGACUGAAAUGAGGCUUUUAAACAAUCACUAAUUGAAGAUAAAAUAAUAAUAGCCCUCAAGUAUGGUUACAAUCCAACUGUGGGAGCUGGAAUUGGUGGAAGAGAUUUUAGUCCCAGGCCCUCCUCUUAUCUUUGUGAUGGAAGUGGAAUUUAGAGAAAUAUAAGUAGGCUUAAAGUCUAUUUAUAUUUAAGGACAUAAAAUUUAGCAAAAUGUGAAUGCAGUGUCAAUAGUGCAAAUAAAGAUUAUUUAUUAAGUGCUUUGGAACCCUGUAUUGGACAAAAAAUAGCUGUUUGGUUAGAAAAUGUAUCUCAAAAUAGUUUUCUACUAUCUCUUUCAAACCACUAUUACCACCAUGAUUAUUGGUACAUUUUUUUUUUUGACAACAGGAUAACAAAGUUGCAUUUAAAGCAUUAAGGAUCAGGUGCGCUGCUACAACUAGUACUCCUGAAAUGUCAGUACUAUCUUUAAUAUUUUUAAGCUUGCAUUGUUUCUCUCGUCUUUCCAACAACAUUCCUGCCUUAUGUGGUGCUAGCAAUCUUCUGGGCUGCAGUAUUAUCCCAUUGCAGUGGCAGAUGUAAUAGAUGAACCUAGAAAGAAAAAAAAAAAGGAAAAUGUUUUCCUACCUGGAAAGAGAGCUUCCUGACCUUGAAUGUUCAUCAGUAUGUAAUUCUUCCCUUAUGAUCAUGUUGGCCUUCUAAGACAGUGACUGUAAAGGAUUUUUCCCCCUUGCCUGGCUACCUACACACAGAUAUCCCCCCAUGGGAUAGUGUUUGAUGUGAAAAUGGCAGACUGCGCAGGUGUGUGCCGGGCUGAAUUAAUUUGUCUUAUAGCUGAUGGUGCAAGUUGAUCUGUUCUGGGUAUUCAGGAGAUUUGAAUUAAUGUAUUCCUUUCUAGGAUAUAUGUGAUUGUAGUCUUGGUCAUGUAUGUUAAUGAAGCACAAAAUUAGGUACAAAGAAGAGAUCAUUUAGUAGUCUUCAUUAAGGUUUGACUUUGUCAUCCUGGCCUUAUGAUAUCUCAUAAAUCCUCCUCACAGUAGCAUCAGUCCAAGACGUAAUCACUCACACGUACACAGCAGGCACAGAGUAGCAGCAGAGAGGUCCAGAGAGGGCUUGUGAGAUUUUCUUAUUUUGAUACAAUAGCAUAUGUGUCUGUCUCAGAGUGAGAGGGGUUUGCGUGUGCAUUCACAGGAGAGACAAGCAGAGAGGGAGAGGGAAAGCGAAACAGAGGAGGUGAAGGGGAGGGAGUGUGGAUCAUGCAUGUGCAUUAAGUCAGCUCCAGCGUCAUACAGCAGCAGGAGCAGCAGCAAACAGAAACAGCAGCAGCACAGGAGGGAAGGAGAGAAAGACAGAAAGAGAGAGUUGGAGGGAGGGAAGUAGUCUCAGGCACGGGAACAAAAGCAGGAAAGAGCCGCUUUCCAUCUUCACGAAAAGAACAACGUAAGGGGAAUUCAACGAGGGAAAGGUGGUCAUGAUUGUAGAGAGACAAUACAGCAGUGAAGAGGUACAUUAUCGUCAGUAAGGACUGAAAUCAAGCCUCUGCUCUUCUCUGCUCUCCAUGUUUUUGGAGACUCGCCGUACCAUUGCCUUCGUCUACAAGCCCAGAGGAGGAUGUCUGUGUCAGGGAAGAAGGAGUUUGACGUGAAACAGAUCCUCAGGCUUCGCUGGCGCUGGUUUAGCCAUUCAAACCAAGGGUCUGCUGGUGGAGGAGGGGGUGGUGUUGGCUGUGUGGGAGGCUACAUCCAGCAGGAUGGCCUGGACCACAGAGGAACGCCUGUCCAGGGACGGCUGAAGAGCCACUCAAGGGAAAGAGGCGUUGGAGGACUUCGGAAGACUAACAGCCCCGUUCACAGCAUUCUGUCGCCCACUCCGGGGCCCACACCUGUGUAUGUCAGAGCAGGUCAUCAGUUAUGGCAUCAUCAACCAAGCACAAUCCAAGGCCUUCAGGAGAAUGAUCAGUCUUCAAAGAGCAGCUCCUCUCCUAGCACCACAAGGAAAGAGGAGAAAAACCCCAACCAGGAAGAUGUUGAAAACAGCUCUGUGGAACCUGCAGAGGUGGAGACCAGAGAGAGGUUGGUUUUGAGUACGUUCGCCAGAAUGAACACUAACUCCUCUGAUGAGUUUUUCCAGGCUGCAAAUCAUGCAGAGCAGACCUUCCGUAAGAUGGAGACAUACCUUCAGCACAAGCAGCUGUGCGAUGUGCUCUUGAUAGCAGGGGAACACAAGAUACCAGCUCACAGAUUGGUCCUCAGCGCUGUUUCAGACUACUUUGCUGCUAUGUUCACCAGCGAUGUGAGAGAGGCCAAACAGGAGGAGAUAAAGAUGGAGGGAGUGGAUCCUGAAGCACUCAAAUCUCUCGUUCAAUUUGCCUACACUGGUGUCCUUGAGCUGAAAGAAGAGACCAUCGAGAGUUUAUUGGCAGCGGCCUGCCUCCUCCAGCUUCCACAAGUCAUCCAAGUCUGCUGUAGCUUCCUCAUGAAACAGCUCCAUCCCUCCAACUGCCUGGGAAUCCGGUCAUUUGCAGAUGCCCAGGGCUGUGUUGACCUGCUGAAUGUGGCCCAUAACUACACCAUGGAACACUUCCUGGAGGUCAUUCAGAACCAGGAGUUCCUGCUGCUCCCCACGGCUGAGAUUAUUAAGCUGCUUUCCAGUGAUGACAUCAAUGUUCCAGAUGAGGAAACUAUUUUUCAAGCUUUGAUGAUGUGGGUGAGGAACGAUGUCCAGCAUCGACAACAGGACCUCGGGGUGCUUCUUGCUUACAUCCGCCUGCCCCUUCUUCCUCCCCAGCUCCUUGCAGAUCUGGAGAACAACAAAAUGUUCUCUGAUGACCUGGAAUGUCAGAAACUGUUGAUGGAGGCCAUGAAGUACCAUCUCCUGCCUGAGCGACGCCCCAUGUUUCAGAGUCCUAGAACAAAACCCAGGAAGUCUACUGUGGGUGCUCUGUAUGCUGUGGGGGGAAUGGAUGCUACCAAAGGAUCUACCACUAUAGAGAAAUAUGACUUGAGGACAAACACUUGGGUCCAGGUUGGAGUCAUGAACGGACGCCGGCUGCAGUUUGGUGUGGCUGUGAUAGACAAUAAGCUGUAUGUGGUUGGAGGGCGAGAUGGGCUCAAAACAUCCAACAUGGUGGAAUGCUACAACCCUUUUACUAAAGUGUGGUCCACCAUGCCCCCAAUGUCGACACACAGACAUGGCCUUGGUAUUGCGGUGCUCGAGGGCCCCAUGUAUGCUGUUGGAGGGCACGAUGGGUGGAGCUACCUCAACACGGUGGAGCGCUGGGAUCCACAGGCCAGACAAUGGAAUUACGUGGCCAGCAUGUCGACUCCCCGGAGCACCAUGGGAGUCACCGCACUUAAUGGAAAAUUGUUUGCAGUUGGUGGACGAGACGGCAGCUCAUGUUUAAGGUCCAUGGAGUGCUUUGAUCCGCACACCAACAAGUGGAGCAUGUGUGCACCAAUGGCCAAGAGGCGAGGAGGAGUGGGUGUUGCAACACACAACAAUUUCCUGUAUGCUGUUGGCGGACAUGAUGCUCCGGCUUCCAACCACUGUUCAAGGCUGUCCGAUUGUGUUGAGAGAUAUGAUCCAAAGACAGACACAUGGACCACUGUGUCGUCCCUCAGUGUUCCCCGAGACGCAGUGGGUGUCUGCUUGCUGGGAGACCGGCUUUAUGCAGUGGGCGGAUAUGACGGCCAGUCUUAUCUGAACACUGUCGAGUCCUACGAUGUUCAGAACAACGAGUGGACAGAGGAGGUCCCUCUCAAUAUCGGAAGGGCAGGCGCCUGCGUGGUGGUGGUGAAAUUGCCUUGAGUGUUUUGUCUCACAACAGCAUGCGAGACAAGUCGUGGAGCAGCGAGGAGGAGUGGACAAACAGAACAACAGAUCGAGGACACGUCCUUCGAGGAUCCUGUUUUCCUUUGCUUUCUAAAACUAUGCUCUCCAUAUUUUUCUGAGGGAAAAGCAAUCAGAGCCUAGCCCACGAACGACUGUUUCUAUCAUGAGCGCCCAUGUCGCCCCACUGGAGAGGACUUGUGCUCAAACUGGAAUGCAACGCACAUUCUCCACAUUCUCAACCGAUCAAGAAUUUUCACAGAUUUGGCAAAGUUGUAGCACUCCAGUGCCAAAGUUUUGCUGCACUGCUUUGUUACAACACUUUUAAGGAAACUUUUUGAAUGUCCUCCACAUUAGUUACAACAUUUUAAGAAAAAUAAUGUAUCUUUGGGAUAUUUGAUAAUAAUAAACAAAGUUCUUAUCAGUGUCAUCACAUAUAGUAUUUUUAGGUUCAUAUGUCUCUUUUCUAUCCACUGUAAUAAGGAUUUCCGGCUCGUUUCCUUAAGCGGUUGUCUGAAGGAACUCUUUUUCACGAUUAGCACUGUCGUAAAUGCCUCUGAAAACUUUACCCUCACAGAUUUGUAGUACAGAAAAUUAACCGAAAACCAAAGUCAUCUGCUUGUUUUAGAUGUCUGUUAUUGCAAGCAGUGAACUGAUCCCAGCCAAGAAAAUAUGGAACUAAAUUAUGUUUUAGAGGGGGGUCACCACAGAAAUGCUGAAAGGUGCUUUAGAAUGUGAUUAUUUAUAAGAUUCACAAAGGUAAUAAUAGCAUUGCUCUCAGUGCAAGUUAAAUUUAAAUUAUGCCGACUGUGAAUAGGAGUCUGCACACCAAAAGAACAUUUCAGCUUUUUUGCUUAAACUGCUAUCUGCCUUGUAUUUGAAAGGCCUCUACAAAUCUUCGCAGAUGUGAGAAGGUAGAUGGGAAAGAUGGUGACAGGUCUGAGCAAUCAGGCAGUCAAACACAGCUGCAGUGAUAAGAAGUUUCCCUGCUUUCUUCACAGCGUUUGAAUAUCACCAAAUCUUAGAAAAACCGUCUCUCCUCGAGGAUAGAGCAAACAAAAACAUGUGGGGCAUCCUUUCAGAUUUAGAGGGGGGAUCAGAUAUGAAUGUUUUCCAAUCUCAGACAAAUAAGGACAAUAGGUGGCUUUACCAAACAAAGGUUUGUGAAGUUGUAAAUCAAAGAACAUAUAUCAUAUUGAUAUUCUACAUCGCUUUUCAUAUUUUUGUCGACUUUAAAACUACAUUGAUGCAGGUAGAUUGAUGUUAAACCAAUGCAGUCUGAUGAUCCGUUUCUAGCUUUACUCUCAAAAUGCCAGCUGAGUGAAUGUUUCAUCUCAAAUAUACACAUGUUUUUCAGUUUAAAUGCUGUCUUGUCUUCAUCAACAACCUUGUCUUUGGUGUUGGACGUGAGACAUGCAUCUUCACGAGUCUGACAGUUGUUCAACUUGGUUUUCACAACUUUUCAUACAUUUGUAGUUGGAUGUUCUCGUAAAGAAAUAUGUAUCAACAGCUGUUCACUACAAAAACAAUUUGUAAUUGUACAUAUGAUAUGUUUUAAGGCCAAAUGUUGCUUCUAAUGUUUUUAUGCUAAUUUUGUACAGCAUGCAAAACAAUAAAUAAAAUGACUUUAGUCUUUCCUGCAUGA